AUGGGCCCUGGGAUAUCCAACGAUUUGAGUCUACCACCUUUUGUUGAGCUUGACCGAGGUUCCCCCAAGCCAGACCCAACCGCCAUGUAUCCAGCCCGUCUUAUGAGUGCGGAUGUGCGAUACCAAACGAGAAUGACUGCCAACCUCCAUGCCGGCAUGAGUUUCGGUCAUACCACGAGCCUGUUGGCUAGUCCAAGCGGCAACUUUGGCGCGGGCACGCCGGCCACGGUCACGCCGCCUAGGUGUGGUAUACAGAGACAGCCUCAGGUCAUCUCCAACACAAUGCAGUGGUACUCGGACGCCUGCAUGCAGUCCAAAAGUUUGUGGUUGCGACUGAGUUGA